AUGAGGGAGCAGGUCGGCAAGGCUGACAAGGACCCGCUUGCUGAGGUCAAGAUGCGCAGCCCGCAGAGAGAAGCAAGAGGGGGAGGGGCGAGGGCUAUGGGCAGGGCUCUUGGCCUGAUAGGCUUGAGCUCCAUCAUCAUCUCGAGCGCGGUGGUGAGGAACGACCUGAGGGGAGCGUCAUUUCGAUGUCCUGGGCGAUAUGUAGACUACAAUCUGAGGAUGGCUGGGGGGGGAAGCUGCUUGCGCAUACGAGGAGGGGAUGCUAGGGAGGGAGGACGAGGUAAUGUCUCGAGAGGAGUCAAGGAAAGAAACAAAGGGGCGAGCAAGAGGCAGCGGGUGUGCUACUCUGGAAUGAAUGUGAGCAAGCAGUCUGCCGAGACAGAGGUAAGAGGAGGGGUCAAGCCUGUAGAAGCAGAUAUCAAGGGGGUAGAAGCAAAGAUCGAGCGUGUGGAAGCAGAUAUCAAGGGGGUAGAAGUACAGAUGAAGCUUGUGGACGAAGAAAUCCAGGCUUUACUGCGUGAGAUCAAAUCUGAACAGGAUCCCACGAUGAAGGCCGCCCUUGAGAGGAGACUCGAGCAGCUUGGAGCAGACAAGAAGCAGCUUGGAGCAGACAAGAAGCAGCUUGAAGCAGACAAGAAGCAGCUUGGAGCAGACAAGAAGCAGCUUGAAGCAGACAAGAAGCAGCUUGGAGCAGACAAGAAGCAGCUUGGAGAAGAAAAACUUAUCCUUUUGAGACAGAGCACCGGAUCCCAUUUGCCACCGAUUGCUUGGAAGGAGUCCGAUGCAAGACUGGAUCGGAUGGGCUUUUGCAACGACAACAAGUACUUUCGUCUCGAUGCAUCCUACCUACAAAGAGACGGAGAGCUCCUUCUCUACUGCCGGGAAGCUUUCAAGAAUCAGCAUCGUUUCUUGAGGGAGAAGGUGGUGGGGCAGCGAGCUUUUGGCUGGAUCCAAGGCCCGCCGGGAACGGGGAAGACGACGACGACGCUAGCCUUCUGCUUGUCUCUUGACAUGAGGGAAUGGAGCGUAACGCUCAUCAGGCUGCAUUCAAACAAGAAUACUCGGUGCAUUCAAAUCGUCGGCGGUAAGAGGAGAUCGUGUGAAAUAUUACAGCCCUACUCAUGGGAAGGGAUCAACAGAAUGCUGGAAGAAUGGCAGGACUACAAGAAGGGUUUGGUGGUCCUGGACGGGUACUUGAGGCAUGAGUCACAUCACCGCCCCUUCCUUUGCACAUGUAACGAAUGGCUGCUAGCUGAUCGAGAGAAUCGACGGGUUGUAGUAGCGACAUCGAUGUCUUCUCGAGGAAAGAGAAAUGACUUUGAAGACUUUGAAGUGAAUCUCCAAGAGCACACCGUUGUAUCUUGGACGGAGAGAGAGUACCUGGAAGCAGUGGAGUGGGACGUUUUCUAUCAGGGUGUAGCAUGCAUGCUGGAGGAGGAUGAAGGUGCGGCGAGCAUUGGCUUGAAGACAUGGAAGAGGAAAAGGUCUAAACGAGAGAAGAUCAAGCUGAAAUACUACCUGGCUGGCGGUUCAUGUCGGUACAUGUUCGAGACGCCCGCAUCAUUGGUGAAGCUGAGUCUGGAUGCGGCUUUGAAAUGCUGUCCAAACCUAGAAAUCGUCUUCAGUGGCAACAUUGGCGAAUCAUCACCGCAGGCUGUAAACCGCUUGAUUGCGUGCUUCGAGUACAACGGGGAAUCGAACUGGAUGCCUGUGAGCAAGUAUGUCGCGACGAAGCUUGCAGAAGCGGAAGAACUAGACACGCUGAAGAGGCUGUUCUCAAAGUAUGGGGCACGCAAUCCGACUACAAGGGGCCAUCUUUUCGAGCUUUUCUUUUUCAAGAAGAUCAAGGACGGGCUGAACUUCACGUAUCGGGGAUCACAAAAGGUCAGGCAAUGGAACAAAUGUCCAGUCAUCACCUUUGAUGCAAAGGGAGGCAUGCGAACGCUUCCUGCAAAGAGAACUUGCUUGAAGCCCGUCAACCCCCUUCAAGGAGGCUACGACGCUAUCAUAGUAGAGCCUCGCAGGAAGUCAGUAGAGUUUGUGCAGGUGACAGAGGCAAAAGUCCACGCUUUCAAGCUGGCUUUCUUCGCAGAGGCUCUCACGGUGCUUGGCAUCCCAGCAGCUGGAUGGAAGGUGAAGGUGGUGUUCAUGGUGCCGCGAGACAGGCUGGAGAACUUUCGGAUAGGCAAAAUCACGGGCUGCGGUGCGCUGGAGGAGUACGGAUGGAAGGGAGGGGAGGAAGGGAGGCAGGCAAAGGUAGCGGGUAUGGAUGUCGCGUGA